UCGAUACAGACGUCCACCAUGCAUUUCAUAUCGAUAUUAUUUUUUAUAACGGCAGUAUAUUCACUGCCGAAUCCAGAAAUAGGGGAAUCACCAAAAAACUUAGUGGAACCCAAUGUUGAGAGUGCAGCUAGGGCUAUGAAAAAGGAUUGCACAAAUGGGAUUUUUAGUCCAACGUGUUUGAAGAUCGAAGCCAUUUCGAUGUUGGAGAAACUCAGUGCGAAGGAGGAACUUCGUCUCUUACCAGGAGUGAGUGUAGUCAAAGAAGCUUCUAAAGAAAAUGGGAGUAAAGUUGAAGAGUUUGCUGCUGAACUGGCCAGGUCUUUUCCUUCGAAACCUGAUGAGAGAUUAGACAAGUACCUGCUGUACAGGCUCGGAAAUUACUUGGACACCCACACAGUGAAGUUGAAGUUGUUAGAUGAGAAUGCUGCUGAAGAAGCCAGGGCUCUGGUUGGAGAAGCGAGGGGGAAAGGAGGACUCGGAGGAAAGAAGGGAGGACUGGGGGGUUUGCUAGCUGCAGGACUUUUGAUGAAAGGUACCCUCAUGUCCAUCGGUUUCGGAGCUCUCGCCCUCCUCGCUGGCAAAGCCCUCAUGACAGCCAUGAUAUCACUCCUUCUCUCUGCCAUCAUGGGCAUCAAGUCUCUCUCCGGAGGUCAAAAAUCUACCACGUAUGAGAUCGUCUCUAAACCCAUCUACAGUCACUCUCAUUCUCACUCCACUGCUCACGAAGAUGUGGGAGGAUACGGUCAUUCAGGCUACGGCAGGAAUUUGAACGUUAGGAGACGUUGAAAAUGAGUUAUUUAUUUAUUUGAGUGUAGUUAUUUGAGUAGUGUUGUUGUUUUGUUAUUUCUGCUCGGUUUUGUUUUUUCCUUUACUUGUUUUUGUUUUUAUUAAUUUAUUGUUUUUUCUUUUCUUUUUGUUGACUAUUUUAAUCUAAUUUAAUCUAAUUGUUUCUUUAUUUCGUAGGAAGAAUAAGACAAUGAUAUCGACUCAAAAAACUGUAAUUUAUGAAAAUGUAAUGAAAAUACUCACUAUUUAUUGAAAUUAUUUAUUGUUAGUUUUAAGGUCACUGUUUUCUUGAGGUGUAAAAUCUCUUGUUUUAUGAAUAUGUAAUUGUCUUUUAUCUGAUAUUUAUUUAUG